UAUUCAUCAUUUACUGUUUUCUUCACAUUCAACGAUAACUGUAAAAUUCAACAACAACAACAAAGUCUCUCUGUUUAUCUGUUGAUUAGUUGAGAGAAAAACAAUUUCCAUCCUCAGGAAUUUUGGUUUCAUCGUUUUCAUUAUCAUCUUCAUCUCACUUUACCUUCACUUUUAAAUCUCUUUCAUCUCCUUUCUUAUUCUUCCAUUUAUCCAUCAUCCAUUAUUAUUUUUUCUUCAUUUCUCCUUCAAAAUCUUUCAUCUUUCACCUUGCUCAUUCUCCCCCAUUUAUCCUCAUUGAAUCUCUCUCACUCUCACUCUCACUCUCUCUUCCUUACUGCCAAUUUUGUAAUUAGAUUUAAAAAUAUGUCAUCCUUACGGUUGGUAGGAACUGAUCCUGGUAACUUGAAUACCCAAAUUAAUAUUAACAAUAACAGUAAUCAAAACAAUAAUAGUUCUGCAUUGACUGAGCCUCAAGAGAUUGUUUCUAUAUCCGAAAGUGAGACAUGUUACAGUAGCUACUCACUUUCUCAGGAGUCCCAGAGAUCGGACCAAACCACUCGGCGAUCACCUUCAAAUUUCCACCUCUCUGGUCCAUCUAAUCUGAUUCUACCUUGUUCAUCUUCUACAACCACCAUGUUAAUCAAUGGUUUACCCGAAAUUGGUGGUAUAAGUGAUCUUGGUGAAAAGGAAUAUUCAGAAUCAGAUCGAUCAACAAAAUCAAGUCAACACAUUUAUGGUAAUGGAGGUAUUGGCGGCAGUGCAAGUGGUAAACAUCGUAACAGUGAUUGGAUUAUACUUGAAGGAUUACGUGGUGAUCUUCGCUAUGAGGGUGUCCCAAGUCAUUUUGAAGGUUUCUUGUUAAAGAGACGAAAAUGGCCUCUCAAGGGUUGGCACAAGCGAUACUUUUAUUUAGAAAAGGGUAUCCUCAAGUAUGCCAAAACUCCGGUUGAUAUAAGUAAAGGUAAAUCUCAUGGAUCAAUUGAUAUUGGUUUAUCGAUGAUCUCAACUAAAAGUUCAUCUCGUCGUAUUGAUAUUGACACCGAUGAAUGUAUCUAUCAUAUAAAGGUUAAAAAUAAGAUAUCUUUUGAUCAAUGGGUUCAACAGUUACGCCAUCAUCGUCAUUUCCGUCAGCAUCAGAUAAUGUAUCAAGAUGAUAUUAAAAAAUCAGUCACUGGCCUGGAAACAUCGGUUAAUUUUAUGAAUAUCGGUGAAACAUCAUCUACAUCAUCAAAUGUUUCAACAUCCAAGGUUGCCAAUUGGUUACUUGAUUCAAAUGGUACUCAAGAGGAAGUUAGUCAAUUAUUGGAUGAAUUACACCGGAAAUUGGUUCGUUUAUCAUCAGUUUAUCAAGAGAUUGAACUAGGUAUGGGUUCGAGGCGGCAAAUGCCUGACAUUGACACUGGAAGUUUGAAAAAGUAUCGACAUUUUAUGUUCCGUCGAACGAAAAAAAAUCAUUCCUCUAUUACCUCUAAAUUAAAGGUAAAUAAGAGAAAAGCCAAUCUAGAGAUACCCGUUAUUGGAUCAGAAGAAUCAACUGAACUUCAUGAUGAUGCCGCUUCUUCUUCAAACAUUACCGUUCCUCACUUAAGCUCAUCCCAUCCAUCUCUUAAUGAAUCUGAAAGUACUUCUAAUCUUGAUAAUCAAGGAUUAAAAACCACUAUGACCAGAUCAUCAACGGAAGUUGGUAAAACCGGUGCUACAAGUGGAAACCCUGGAGCAAAUAAUGGUCCAGUAAUUAAUGUAAAUAAAAUUAAGUCCAAUGUGUCAACAGCAUUAAAUGAAGAGUAUCUAAGUCUUGCUGAAGAAAUUCAUGAUCAAUUGCGACUUUGUCUUCGUAAAAUGCGUGGUAAUCGUGACAAUUCACCCAUUGUACCGACCACAGUUACAGAGGAAACACCAACCAAUGUAAAUUCAACGCCGACUACUGGUACAAAUAUUAUUUCAGGAACGACAGUUUCAUCUACAUCAACACCAUCCUCAGUCAUUUCUAACCUUAAACUGUCCCUGCAAAAAUCCUUGGAUCAGAAUAGGGAACUACGUCAGCGAUUAAAUCGUAUUCAUGAAGAUUCUGAUACCUCAUCAAUUCCUCAAAUUAAUUUAAUCAUGAAUUCUUGUUCAACUGCAAACACAACAGCGAUAGAAGAGGAUAUAGAUGAGCCCACCCUUGUCCAUCAACCAAUCGGUGAUUCUAAAUCUUAUGAAAGUUGCUCAGUUCUCAGUUUAUCUGAGUAUUAUGAUGCCGCUGAACGUUUUUCAACCUGUACUUCAUCAACCGAUGAAGAAGACGAUCGAAGUGUAACAACUGACCUUAGCGAGGAAGAAACCAGCGGAUUUAAGCAGACAAGCCAAGGUGUCACCGGUCGACGAUCAAAAUUACCCUGUCCAAAACCGGAAACUGGUGACAUUAGUUUAUGGAGUUUAUUGUGUAAAAAUAUUGGUAAAGAUUUAUCCAAGAUCAGUAUGCCGGUCACUCUAAAUGAACCUCUUAACGUAUUACAGCGUCUCUGUGAAGAAUUGGAAUACAGUGAAUUACUUGACGAAGCGGCGGCCAUUGAUGAUCCCUGUGAACAAAUGUUAUACGUUGCCGCUUUCGCGGUCUCAGCUUAUUCUGGUUCAGCUUAUCGAGCAGGCCACAAACCAUUUAAUCCACUUCUCGGUGAAACCUAUGAAUGUAUUCGUAAUGAUAAAGGAUUCAGAUUCAUUGCUGAACAAGUUUCACAUCAUCCACCAAUCUCUGCUUGUCAUGCAGAAUCAGAAAACUAUGUCUUCUGGCAAGGAAUGAGAAUUAAAACCAAAUUCUGGGGUAAAUCAAUGGAAAUAAUUCCCUUUGGAAAUGUAAAUGUUUUGCUCAAACGAACCAAGAGCUUAUACCGUUGGAAUAAGGUUACUACCUGUGUCCAUAAUAUUUUCAAAGGUCAACGUUAUGUUGACCAAUAUGGUGAGAUGAUAAUAACCAAUGGAGAUUUAAAGUGUAAAUUAACCUUUUCAAAGACAAGUUACUGGUCAAAUAAGCGUCAUGAAGUUUUUGGUACAAUUGUGAAUAAAAAUGGUGAAGUGAUCAAAUCCAUCUUUGGUAAAUGGACUGAGGCCUUGUAUACAGGGAGCCCACCACAAACUCGGUGUAUCUGGAGACCCGGUGCUAUGCCUGACGAUUAUAAGCUAUAUUAUGGUUUUACCAGAUUCGCGUUGGAGUUAAAUGAAUUAACGCCUGAUUUGGUUAAUAAAUUACCUAUCACUGAUACAAGGUUUCGGCCUGAUCAGAGGUUACUGGAAGAAGGUAAAAUACAAAAAGCUGAGAAUAUCAAAAUGGUAUUAGAACAAUUACAAAGAGAACGUCGAAAAGAAAGAGAGGAAAAAGGCGAGGCCCAUAAAUCGAGAUGGUUCAAACAAGAGCCUGUUGAUGAAUUGAAUUGGAUUUCAAAUGAUGAAUACUGGAUGUUCAGAGAUGGAAUUGGAUUUACCUGUCUUGGCCUUGAAAAUCUUUGGCCAGAAGAUGUUAUUCAAUCAGAACUGUCCGAACAAUAUAAAUGAGCCCAACCUUAAUUUAAACCACGAUGAUUUAUUAUCUUCCAGUAAUCAACAACCAAGAAUUAAAGUCGACAACAAUUAACAAUCAACUCUAUCUUUCCAAUCUACUGUGUGUCUAUAAAACAUAUAUACAUUCAUUCAAUUCCAACCUCGUCAUCUGCUAUCACCAAUUAAUUGCUGUGUUCAACUGUUUAUCUAUUGACUAUCUUUGGUUUUAAUUGUCGUCAACAAAACAACGUCAUUUUUUUGCAUUUGAAAAGUUGUUUUCUUAAUCAAGAAAAGGAUCUCAAUUGGCAAUGAGUUGGAUCAAUAAUUUACAUUUUUAAUUGGUCACAAAAUCAAGCAUCCUAAGGAAACUACAAUUAAACUAAAUCAAGGAAACUUAUUGGCUUCAAUUGUAUUUAAACUUUAACCUGAUUGUUUUGCUGAUUUUUUUCUCAAUGUAAGCAAAACAAAAUAGGAUAACAACCAAAUUGAAAGCUGUAUUGUAAUCUUGAAUAUCCCUCAGCAAUCAGGACAAUCAUGAUUAAGACGAAAAUCAAUGUGAACAAGCAAAUCAACAUUUAACAUUCAAAAAUCACUUCAUCUAAUUAUCAUAAACUUAAUUUUGGAUACGACAAUUUCCCUUUGGUAAUAACAGAUUAUCAUUUUCCUUGAUUCUGUCCAAUCAACUGAAUGGUUUUUACAAAUUUGGUGGUAAUUGCCUGGAGCUGUUGCUUUGUAAUAUCAUAAUUAUCCAUGAAACCAGAAUGAUAUGAAGUUUAAAUUGUAUCAAAUUAACCUUAACUAGUCCAUUGUGCAAAUCAAACUUAUCCAUUGCAAUCAUUUUUAAUUGUUACCAAAUCAGUAAGAUCAAAAAUUGCUUGAUUUGUGACAAAACUAGAUUCAUCUACCUGUUAUAAUUGCUGUCAAAUCAACUGCACAUAUUAAGGAAACGCAAUCAAAUUAAUAAUCACAAUAAUUGAAUAUGGCCCAACCCUUACAAUUAACGAUGAACCGAUUGAAGGAAAUUGACUAAAUUGUUAUGAAAAAAAUAGAUUGAUUGUUAUGAAGAGAAUUGAAAAAAGUUUCAUUUCCUCAAGUGAAUGUUUAUUUCCAUUGACAAUAUUUUGUUGUGUUGAUUUUACUUUUCCUUAUUCUUUGUUUAAAUUAAUCGACAAUUAACUUAAUCAUCUUUCAUUGGUAAUCUUAAUCACCAUCACCAACACCAUCAUCUUCAUCAAACUUGUUAACUACUUAACAAGCUUCUUCAUCAUCUCCACCCAAUCCUUAAGCCUGAUGAUAAAUUAGAUGAACAGAAAUCUUAAAUCUAAUCUCUCUUCAUUGUUAACAAUUAACUGAUUUAGUAUCAAGUUGCUCAAAUUCCUGAUCAAUCAUGGACAAAUUAUUGGCCUUCGAGAAUUAAUUUAAUAGGACGACAAAUAUUUGAUUUGAUUUUUUAUCGCAUCUUUAUCAUCAACUUGACAAUUUUUUGAUUAUGUGAUCUACAAUUAAGCAUUUAUCAUCCUCGGAAUGUUAAAUUACCAUAGCCUUGGAUUAAUCAAGUGGAUUAAUUGUUUAAACAUUAGGCUUAAUUAAUCAAGAUGGGAAAGAAAAAUCAAUUUUCAAGAGAUGUGCAAAUUGUUUAUAUUUAACUUACUUUGUACAUGAUCAUAAGCAAUUAAUCAAUCAAUCAAUUCAUUUUUAUCAAUUUAGAAAUGAUAAAAUUAACCAAAUUAAAAUUAACUAGAUCAUUGGAGACCAGGAAUAAUCAUCAAGAGAUUAAUUGAAUCAAAAGAUGAAAUCAAAUUAAAUCUAAACCAAAAAAAAAAUUAUGGAAACUUCCACUGCUUAAUGAAUUAGCUAAAUUGUUACAACUAUCGUUUAAUUGCUGCUGAGUGGUGGUACCUGUUGAGCUGUUAUAAUUUUAAUUGUUAUUGGCGAAAGAAGGUUAAUUUUUGUCAAAUUUUGGAAUCGCUGAUUAUUAAUCAAUGGACAACAAUUAAUAAAUCAUUCAAUCAAAAUCACAGAAACACACAUACUCACCAUCCACACUCAAUCACUUAAUUGUUAGUAUUUAUUGCAGAUUAAGAAGAUGAAGAAACGAACGAUACAAUUAAUUAAUCAACUAAAAGCGAGAAACAACCAAACAACAACAAUUAAUCAAUUGAGAAACGGAAUGUCUUUUGUUUAGUAUCUUUUUUUGUUGAUUAUUGUUAAACCUUUAAUUCAAUUGAUUGUCUUGGAGAGGGACAAUUGCAAUUACAAUUGAUGGUUAAUCUAUAGAUAUUUAAUUAUUAUUACUAUUAUUAUGAUAAUGGUUAGUAAUUAAUGACAAAAAUUUCCACCAAUUGUUCACUAUUCUCAUAAUAAAAUGAAUUGUAAACAAAUAUAAUAA